AUGAAGAGUCUUCCAGUCGUGCUGUUCCUAUGUGUGGGAGUUGGCUCCGGGUACCCACUGGAGGGACCUGCAAGGAGCGAGGAAGGAAGCAUGGAGCUUGUUCAGCAAUACCUAGAAAACUACUACAACCUUGAAAAAGAUGCCAAACAGUUUGUGAAAAGAAAGGACAGUCGUCCCGUGGUUAAAAAAAUCCAAGAAAUGCAGAAGUUCCUGGGGUUGGAGGUGACCGGGCAGCUGGACUCCCCCACCAUGAGGAUGAUGGGCAGGCCCAGGUGCGGCGUUCCCGACGUGGGCGACUUCACCACCUUUCCCGGCACCCCAAAGUGGGAGAAACAUCACCUUACCUACAGGAUCGUGAAUUACACGCCCGAUUUGCCAAGACACGCGGUGGAUUCUGCCAUCGCGAAGGCGCUGAGCGCCUGGGCCGAGGUGACUCCACUCACGUUCUCCAGGAAGGACGAGGGAGAGGCUGACAUCAUGAUAUCCUUUGCCGUUGGAGAACACGGGGACUUCAGCCCUUUUGAUGGACCUGGAAUGGUUUUGGCUCACGCCUAUGCCCCUGGGCCAGGCAUUCAUGGCGAUGCUCACUUUGAUGAUGAUGAGAGAUGGACUGAUGAUACAAGAGUAGGGACCAAUUUAUUUCUGGUUGCUGCUCAUGAACUUGGCCACUCUCUGGGCCUCUUCCACUCAGCCAACACUGAAGCUCUGAUGUUCCCCGUCUACAAGUCCUUCACCGACCUGGCCACGUUCCGCCUUUCCCAGGAUGAUGUGAAUGGCAUCCAGUCUCUCUACGGGCCUUCGCUGUCCUCCGCUGAGCCCCCCCGGGGGCCCAGCCCCCCGGAACCUGCCACCCCAGCCAAGUGUGACCCUGCUCUGUCCUUCGAUGCAGUGUGCACCCUGAGGGGAGAAAUCUUGUUCUUUAAAGACAGGCAUUUCUGGCGUCAGUCUCUCAGAACCAUUGAGCCUGGAUUUCAUCUGAUCUCUUCAUUUUGGCCAUCCCUUCCUUCAAGCAUAGACGCUGCGUAUGAAGUUGCCAGCAGGGACACGGUCUUCAUUUUUAAAGGCCGUAAGUUCUGGGCCAUCCGCGGCCAUGAGGCACAGGCUGGGUACCCGAGAAGCAUCCACGCCCUGGGUUUCCCAGCGACUGUGGAGAAAAUCGAUGCAGCCAUUUCCGACAAGGAGAAAAAGAAAACAUUCUUCUUCGUGGAGGACAAAUACUGGAGCUAUGACGAGAAGAGACAGUCCAUGGAGCCAGGCUUUCCCAGGAAGACAGCCGAGCACUUCCCAGGGGUGGACGGCACAGUGGACGCUGCCUUUGAACAGUUUGGAUUUUACUAUUUCUUCAGUGGGUCUUCACAGUUGGAGUUUGACCCAAAUGCAAAGAAGGUGACGCACAUUUUGAAGAGUACCACCUGGUUCCAUUGUUAGGAGAGAUGGGUAGAAGGUCCCACGCGAGCCUUUUAAAUGAAGAUAACGCUUCCUCCUGCAAGUCGUUGUGGAAUGAAGUGGUUUGUAUUCUCCGGUGCCGACGGCAGCAGAUCCCCGUGGGAGCUGUGUGUCUUGUCCAUCGUGUCACAGUCGUACAAGGCAUUCCAGAGAACCACGGCUUAGCCUGCACUUUGUCAGUCAAGCCUCCUAUGGGAGGGAACCUCCCCUGCGAAGGGCUCGUGGGGAGCAACCGGCAAGGAUUGUAUGGACACACACUUGUUAUUUAAUAAAGAUGAUUUAUUUCUUAUUUCAUUAUAGUAUU